AUGGCAAUGUAUGAUGAAGAUAUCUUGAAAAAUCCAUUUUAUUUGGCCAUUCAGAAGCAACGUCCUGAUCUAUGCAGCAAAGUUGCAGAAUUUCAUGGUAUUGUAAGUAUAAAUCACCUUUCAAGCAGCAGUCUCUCCACCUGCCAGUUUGAAUCUUAUGUUCUGAAGCCAUUACAAGGACGUUUUCAAACCUUAAAUGGAAAGGAGAUCGUCAUACAAGGAAACCUCAUCAUUUUAGGAACUGGUUUUAGUUACACUCUCUCAGUACCUGUUCUUUUCGAGGAAACAUUUUACAAUGAAAAAGAAGAAAGCUUUAGUAUAUUGUGCAUAGCUCAUCCAUUGGAAAAAACAGAAAGUUCAAGUGAAUCUACAGCUUUGUCAAACUCCUCUUCUCUUAAAAAUAUUGAAGAUGUUAGAGAAUUCUUGGGAAGGCACUGUGAGAGAUUUGAUAAAUACAUAGGAUCUUUCUAUAGAACGUUUAAAGAACAUGAAAGGAAAAGCCUCCGCCACUACAUAGAUUCUGUCAAUGCACUUUAUACCAAAUGUCUCCAGCAUCUUUUGAGAGAUUCGCACUUGAAGAUGCUUGCAAAGCAAGAAGAGCAGAUGAAUCUGAUUAAACAAGCUGUUGAAAUGUAUAUCCACCAUGCAAUUUAUGAUCUAGUCUUUAAAUAUGUGGGGACUAUAGAGGCAAGUGAGGAUGCUGCGUUUAACAAAAUCACAAGGAGCCUUCAAGACCUGCAGCAAAAAGACAUUGGAGUGAAGCCUGAGUUCAGCUUUAAUAUACCACGUGCAAAGCGAGAACUGAGUCAAUUGAACAAAUGUACUUCCCCUCAGCAGAAACUACUUUGUCUACAAAAGGUGGUACAAAUUAUUAUGCAGUCUUCUAGCCAAAGAGUUAAUGUGGAAACCAUGUGUGCAGAUGAUCUACUCUCUGUUUUGCUAUAUUUGCUUGUAAAAACAGAAAUCCCAAACUGGAUGGCCAACUUGAGUUACAUAAAGAACUUCAGGCUUUGCAGUUCAGUGAAGGAUGAAUUGGGAUACUGUCUAACCUCAAUUGAGGCUGCAAUAGAAUACAUACGACAAGGCAACCUCUCUGACAGAUCAACAGAAUCUGAGAGACUAUGUGACAAGCUGCUUUUAAGACAAAGGAUGAACUUGUUGUCCCAGAUGUCUGCUACUCCAAUAGACUGCUUAUUUAAGCAUAUUGCUUCAGGUAAUCAGGAGGAAGUGGAGCGAUUACUAAGUCAAGGUGACAGUGAUAAGGACACUGUACAGAAAAUGUGUCAUCCACUCUGUUACUGUGACAAAUGUGAGAAGCUAGUGUCUGGGAAACUGAAUGAUUCUUCCAUUAUCACUCCAUUUUCUCGAGAUGACCGGGGAUAUACACCACUUCAUAUAGCUGCUGUUUGUGGGCAAACAUCAUUAGUGGAUUUAUUGGUAGCCAAAGGAGCCAUUGUCAAUGCUACAGAUUACCACGGUUCAACACCGCUUCACCUUGCCUGUCAGAAGGGAUAUCAAAAUGUUACACUUCUCUUAUUGCACUAUAAGGCAAGUACUGAUGUUCAGGACAAUAAUGGAAAUACUCCACUUCAUUUAGCCUGCACUUAUGGUCAUGAGGAUUGCGUCAAAGCUUUAGUCUACUAUGAUGUGCAGUCCUGUAGACUAGAUAUUGGUAACGAAAAGGGAGAUACUCCUCUUCAUAUAGCUGCUCGCUGGGGCUAUCAGGGGAUCAUAGAAGUGCUUUUGCAAAAUGGGGCAAAUCCAGAAAUUCAAAACCGGAUGAAAGAGACUUCCCUACAGUGUGCAUUAAAUUCCAAGAUUUUGCAAUUGAUGGAAUUAAACUCUCUAACAUUUGAAAGAGGACAAAGUGCUUCUGAGUCACCACUUAGGUCUCCUCAGCAGUCAACAGAAACUUUCAGCAGAGGAUCAUCUGUCUCAAGCCUGUCAUCAGCAUCAACUGAUAUAAGACAAGAAGAAGUAAAAAACAGUUAUAAAGAGGUGCAAAAACUCCUAAGAGCAGUUGCUGAUGGAGAUCUGGAAAUGGUACGUUAUCUCUUGGAAUGGAUGGAAGACGACUUAGAAGAUGAGGAUGACACAGCCAGUACAGCAAAGCCAGAAUUCUGCCAUCCAUUAUGCCAGUGCUCAAAAUGUGGGCCAGUACAAAAGAAAUUUUCAAAGAUCUCCACUAAUGGACUUGGAGUAAAUGUUUCCAAUGAAGAUGGUUUUACACCAUUGCAUAUGGCUGCGCUGCAUGGGCACUCUGAUCUUGUCUCUCUCUUGUUGAAACAUGGAGCCAGUAUCAGUGCCAAGAAUGCAAAACAUGCAGUUCCUCUUCAUCUAGCUUGCCAGAAAGGUCACUUCCAGGUGGUAAAGUGUCUGAUGGAUUAUAAUGCUAAACAAAAUAAAAAGGAUAUAUAUGGAAAUACUCCUUUAAUUUACGCAUGCUUGAAUGGCCAGUAUGAGACGACUGCCUUGUUGUUGCAGCAUGGAGCUUCUGUUAACCUUUCUAAUGCCAAAGGAAAUACAGCACUGCAUGAGGCAGUGAUAGGGAAGAACGAAGCCCUGGUAGACUUGCUCCUUAAGAAUGGUGCAAUGACGCACAUCAGGAAUGAGAGGAACUGCACCCCUGCAGACUGCGCUGAGCCGAAUUCAAAUAUCAUUAAGUUGCUGGAAACAGCACCAAGCUAUGUACCUACAUCAGCAGAGAGAGAAAAGGAGUGUGAGCAGCAUGCUUCUAUCAAGAUAAGAAAAAAAGCGAGUUCUAAGCCAUGUGAGAAAGCUGAUGAUCCCGUAAGCAGACAACUUCAACUGGUCCAGUCAAUUAACAGAUUUAACAAAGCAAAACAUUUACGGAGAACAAUAACGAGAGAUAAAAGUGUCCCUAAUUUUGACUAUGAGUUAUUGCAUCAGUUAGCUAUUAAGAGCUUUGAUAAAACCAAGUUAAAAUCUGUUGAAACACUGGACCAGAGUGAAGUUAAGAUUAUUGACACAGGAUGCAGUGGUGAGUUUGUGAAACGUGAUGAUGUGAUAGAAGUUCCUCACAGGAGUAAAUUAACACACCGGAGACACACUGUUAAUAUGCCACUUUCAGCAGAGAAUGUCAGCGAUAAUAGUUUAUCCAGCCCUGGAAGUCCAAGUGUUUCACAGUCAAGGGACUGCUGUGAUGACUUGCUUUCAGAACAUUGA